UAGUACCAGAGCCGUGGGUGCUACAGCACCAAUACCAUCAUGAGACGACUGGGUGGAGUGUCAUAUUUAAGCAUUGGAAAAGGUUUCCGAAGUACAGCAUAUCCAAGCAAAAGUAAAAGUAUUAGCCGCCAAAUCACAAAUCUUCCACAUAUACCAUUGCAUUACAAUACAACUAAUUGCGGAUCAAGGAAAAGACCAUCAUCAGAACGACUGCUGCCGGUAGGUGGUAAAAAGACGAAAAAUAUUACCACAACUAUGUCUGGAGGAAAACCAGCAAAUAUAUUAUCAAAACUCAAGAAUGAGACAAAACCUGAAACCUCAAACAAUACAGGCCGUGUUUGUAACAGGAUUUUUUUCAACAGAGCCAGACUUGAACAGCACACAAAAGAUACUGGCCAUAGACCAAACCCUCACUCUAGGAUACAUUGUUCCGUUGGGACCACCUUUUCCUCGCAUCGUCAACCUCUGAUAAUUCUUAAACGCCGAAGCGAAGAAACGACACACUGUAGCCCCGAGAAGAUUCGCCGCACAAGGGCAAAAGAAUAUCUGCACGACUUCCAUAAACGCAAAAUAGCUAUAAAUAAUUCGAGUAAAAAGGAUUUUGUUAAACUUGUUGACGGAACACUUCGGAAAAUAAUGAAACAUGUGAUGAAUUCAAAGGGAUGCAACAUUUAUUGCCAAAAUUUAGUGAGAGCUGGCAGUUUCAAGGAGAAAACUAAGAUAGGAAAAGCUGAUGAAUUUGAUACAUACAUUGUUUGUUACAUUAUUCCUGAUAAUAUAAGAACUCGAGGCACAGUUGAUUUCGAAUACCAGCCUUUGGGGAAAAUGGUAAUAGAUUCUUACUGUCUUAAAUAACGUUACCUUUUGUAAUUUUAGGCCGAUUAUGAUUGAGAAUUGAAAAAAUUUCUUUGAUAGAAAAGAAAAAGACUUUGUUCAAUUGAUUUAAAUAUAUGUUGUGCAUUACAGUAAAGCGAUGACUUGUAUCAUUUUUCAUCUUACAUCAAUCGUGACAGUAUUAGAAAUCAUACAAAUUAUAUAAAAAAAAAUAUUUCAUUUUGCUACUAUUAGACAUGAAUUUGAUGUAUUUAGCUGAUCAAGUCUUCGGCAAAUCAUCUGGAGAAAUAAAUUGUUAUGAUAAAUUUAGUAAAAAUAUAAUAACAUAAAACAACUAAUUAAGUAAUCGUAAGAUGGUUAUGCAAUACAAUAUUUUCGUUGAACCGAGUUCUUCAUGUUGCUCUAAAAAUGCAACAAUCGACUUAACACAAAAUUACAUUACAUUUUCAUACUUCCAUAAUUCCAAAAUAACUUGUUUCUUAAGUUAUUAUACAUGUAUAAUUACGUAAUACUGAACUCUCAAAUUACAAACGUGGGUAAAGAGCUAUGUUGCAAUUAGGAAAUACGAUCAUGAAAU